CAGAGACAGUGUGUGAGUUGGACAAUUGCUGGUUCACACUGCUGGAGAAAAGAGACACAGAUAGACAGAGAGAGUUUGGAGAAACUUUGCAUGCGUUUGGAGUCACUGUAGACAACACAGCGUAAAGAGAGUAAGCAGGUUUAAGUCUGCACUUCACCUUGCAGCUGUCUACAUGGGGAGAUAAGCCUUCAUUUUCCUUCGACUCUGUGACCUCUCCUCCUGUCUGUAUGAUGUCUGCCUCAGUGAGGGAUCCUCCACAAAGGAGGCGCUCUCUCGGCCCUGUUUCACCAAAGCGGAUUUACAGGAACCUGUCUGUCAGACUGAGGGGCAGAGACACUCCCACUGAGGGGGAGGGGUCUGAGGGGCCCAGUCAUCAUAGCAAAGCAACAGCUAAUUACACGUGUCUGUGGGAGGCUGUGGAGAGCGGGGAUGUUUUGGCAGUGCAGACGCUGCUGUUUAAGGAACGAGUGAGUGAGGGAGGAGAGCGAGGAGCACAGAGAGAGAGGGUCGGCGUGGGGGAGAGAGAAAGAGCGGUGAACAGUGUAAAUGAGCAGGGACUGGUUCCUCUGGAUGUAGCCAUCCUUACUCACAAUUCCACAUUGCUGCAGGUGCUGGUUAAGGCUGGAGCGAGACACAACCCAAACUUGAGUAGGCCGUGUGAUUGGUCAGCAAAGUUGGAUGGACUGGUCUCUUUGGCUGAACGGAGGGUGGAGGAGAGGAGGGCGGGGCUAAAGGCACAUGGAGCGAAGCUACUGGCACAGACUGACACCCACAGAGAUUUACGCUUGUGGACUGUCCGGCAGGAACUGUACACACGCAUGAGAGAGAGAUUUCACAUGAUGGAACCCCCAGGUCCUCCCAGUGCUGUUGCCCUGCAGAUGCUCACUGACACUGCACUCAGUGUGUCCAUCAGACCGCCGCAAGAACACAUAGCCGGCCUUAUUACCACCUACAGAGUUGAAUGGAGUACCUGUGCAUGUUUUAGCCCUCUGACUGGUUAUGGAUUUAUUACUGACACUAAAAACCCUGUGUUCCACAUCACUGGACUCAGCACUGGAGUUCAGUAUUACGUAAGAGUAUGUGCUUACAAUAUAAAAGGCUGGGGACCACCACGGAACAGCAGCCCACCCUGCACCACCCCAUCCAGCUGGAGGCAGUGCAGCAGCGUAAAAAUCAGAGGGAACACUCAGGAAGCAGCAAUGCAGAAACUCCUGGAGCAAAUCAGAGAACCCACCUACAGAGGAUACUGCACAGAAAACCCAAGGCAGUUGAACUCAGCUAAGCGCAUGUCCAUGUCCCGCGGGCUCAAACAGUUCUUCCAUUCUGCCACCAAGUUUGUGCGUCUACUGCAGAGAGGUGCAUAUCUGGCAGUUGUGUUCUACCAGAAGGACAAUAUCCUGGUCACAGCUGAAGAUCAGCUCCCAUUGGUAGAGAUUCAAUGCUGCUCCACUUCCAUCACACAGGACUUUCUCUGGUUUGCCAAGCUGUCGUGUGCAUGGCAGCAGGUGUCAUGGCUGCAGCAGGCCAUGUCUUCAUCACUAUCCUCCUCCUCCUCACUUUUACAGAACAGACACUGUAUCCUCAGAGCAAUCAACCAGCUACAGUCCUCACUGGGCUCUGUUGAUUUAGGCCAGGUGUAUUUUGAGCCUCUGAAGGACCGCCAGGGUAAUGUGCUGCUUGUGACCUUGAAAGAGGUUGUGACCUCGCUGACCCCUGCUGAUCCCCAUUUGCACUGGAGUUCACUCAAACACCUUGAGGCACGAUGGAGCAGAACACAUUUAUUGCCUGAACCAACAGCUGUGGAUACACUCACACAACAGCUCAGGAGGAAGUUGGAGUAUCACAGACGGAGCCUCCAGAGAGCUCAGCCUGGCCUGUACGUUGGAAUCCUGAAGUUGUGCAGCUCAGUGGAGCAGCUCAGGGUGUUAGUGCCCCAGCGUUUACCCAAUCUGCUGUUUCACACACGCGUUCGCAACAACACCCAUGUCUCACGGGAGGAGUGGAGCUGGUUACAGAGGCACUCGAUGGGUGGGGUCGCAACUGGGGAUCCAGGGGAUGGGGCUGAUGGUUUGAUUGGCAAUGCUGGAGUGACGGAGUUUGUGAAAGAUUUGAGGACUGCUGUUACACAACUACUGACCAAGCUCAACAUUCCAUUACACAGGGCGUAUCAAUAUCGUUUGUACACUCAGGAGUUGGUGCAGGUUGGUGAUGAAAUAUCUCUCCUCUUGCUGCUGCCUCCCAGUGAAGAGUUCAGUUCUAGUUUUUGGCCCUUAGAAGGUGUUCAGGACCCCGGGCUCACCAUGCCGCUGCACAUCUUUGAGCUGGUGCAUUUCUGGGCAUACAGUCAUGACCUGCUGUCGCUGUACUGCCAAGCGUGGGUGAGGCUGGAGCUGGACGCGUAUCUUGCCCAGCAAGCUCUGCGAGAGGCACUGGACAGCAGGGAGGUUUCAGAGUCCAGAGAGAGACUUAGCCACAUCACACAGCUCUCUCAGAGUGUGGAGGCUGUGUGGCGUGAGCGGCGGUGGAUCAUGGACGUGAUGCAAUGUGUUCGCUCGAGGCAGGGUUUGGGGACGGUGCCUCUCCACCUUAUUAUGGCCUCGCAGCCAAUCAAAUCACCCCAUGAGGAAGCGGAGGAACAGCAGCCCCACCCAUCACAAACACACACUCACACACUCAGCACAACAGCAGACACUGUUAGCUCUUCGGACAACCACGCACACACUGGGGUGACAGCACCAGUGGACAUCCCAGGCAUCUCUGAGGUCACCGAAAGUAAAAGGACACACCUCUGCAUGUCCACUCCAUCAAAUUUAACUUGCACUGCCAUCAGCCAGAGCAUCCCUGAUACUCGUCACUAUGGAAAUGAACCCUCUAACCACAGUAGCGGAACGUUCCACCACAGCAGCAAUGGUAUCCACCACAUUCACUCUUGCCCAGAAUUUUCCGCUUUUCCAUCAUCAUCCCUGUCCAUUUCAGAGGAGGAGAAGAAGGAGGAAAAGGAUAAAGAACAGAAGCUUGGGGAAGAGCUGGUGGAGUUACUUGAGAAUUUGAACUUUCAGGAGGAAAACAUGGAGCUAAUGUCUGAUCUGGAAUUAUUUCUGGAAAAUAAAGACCACACAGAACUAACCAUUGAGAGAUCAGCUACAGUACCCCAGUUGACCAUGACGGGGGGCAGUUUGCCUACCAGGAGCCUGGUGGAGUGGGUGACCUCAUCAUCCAGUCAGGAGGUUGAACAGUAA